CGCGCCGUAACGAACGACAGGUACGCGCCGCAACGGCUACCUGCGGUGGCGGACGCUUUCGACCGGCUCGACGACGAUGUCGCCGCGCGUUUUCCCCGUCCACGGCCAACAUAUGUCGCUCCGCCGCGCCGGUCGGCCAUUCACCGCCUACGUCGUCCGAGGCAGAAAAUAGCGCGCGCGCACCCGCAAACACGCGCACCGUCAGGCUCACGCACCCGCAGUCACCGACACCCGUAACGCGCUCGUCAACACGUCGGGUCAACGUUUUUCGCGUUUUGUUUAUCUCUCCGCGAUAUUAUAAUAUUACAUUCUACACAAAUAAUAUAAUAUUAUUAUUAUUAUUAUUAUUAUGCGUUUCUGUCGUUUCUGACACGGUUUUUAUCGCCGCAGUAGACGAGACACGUCCAAGUCCAACGUCGUCACAGUCGCGCGCGCCCCCGACGGAUUUGGAUAUAUUACGUUAUCGCGCGUCGUCCAUUAUUCAAGUUCAAGUUCGUACAUGUCCUGGUGCACCGAGUGACGUUUAUUAGGGACAAACUGCGAGGAUCAGUUCAGUCGUCGUUCUCGAGCUCGCUGAUCCUUUGACCGUCGCACCGCCGUACUCGUUGUCGUCGAAGAUUCGAACCGCAAUAAGUGUGUUAUAAUGGCAGACCAACAGCAAUAUUUCCUGAAAUGGAACGAUUACCAGAGCAACAUGGUGUCGUCCUUCAAACACCUGAGGAACGAGAAGAGCUUCACGGACGUAACACUUGCUUGCGAAGGACAGACGUGUAAGGCUCACAAAAUGGUGUUGUCGGCCUGCAGCCCUUAUUUUAAAGCUUUGUUAGAGGAAAACCCAUCAAAACAUCCUAUUAUAAUACUCAAAGAUGUACCAUUCAGUCAUUUGCAAUCUAUACUGGAAUUCAUGUAUGCAGGAGAAGUUAACAUAAGUCAGGAACAACUGCCAGCUUUUUUAAAGACAGCUGAUCGGUUGAAGGUCAAAGGUCUUGCAGAAGCUCCACAAACUAUUAAAAAAGAUUAGUAUCUACUCAACAUUUGCUAAAUAUGUUUUUAAUUACUUUAAUCUUUAUUAGCAUAUUAAUGAAGAGCCCAAAAAUUCGCAUUAUUUUUCCUUUCCUUUUUUAAUGAAUUAUUAUUUUAUUUGUAUUUACUUAUAUUAUACAUUUGUCUAUACAUUUUACAAAAGUACAAUUAAAAGCCAAAAAUAACAACAAAAAUUAAAAUAUUUUAAUAACAAUAUUUAUUUUAUAGGAAUAAACUCAUAAGUAUAGACAUUAUGUGUUAAUAUGUAGUUGCAAUAUGUAAUUUUUGUUUUUACGUAUGAAAAAAAAAAAAAAAACAAAUCAACGAGUUCUGUAAAUAUUAUACUUGUCUUGUAUAUUUAUCAUGAAUUACAAUUAUUAUUAUAUAUUAUUUUAAUAGAACAUUAGUCUAUGUUAAUAAUUGAAAAAAAAAUGUAUAAACCUUAAUUGGACAUUUUAUAAUGAACACAAUAAAUUUAGGUAAAAUAUAUAUGUGGUUGACGUCUUUGUAA